AUGGCCCGCCACGGACCACCACGGAUCACCACGGACCACCACGGAUCACCACGGACCACCACGGAUCACCACGGAUCACCACGGAUCACCACGGACCACCACGGGACCACCACGGCCCACCAGAGACCACCACGGAUCACCACGGACCACCACGGGACACCACGGACCACCUCGGAUCACCACGGAUCACCACGGACCACCACGGGACACCACGGACCACAAUGGGCCACCAUGGCCCGCCACGGACCUCCACGGAUCACCACGGACCACCUCGGAUCACCACGGACCACCUCGGAUCACCACGGACCACCACGGAUCACCACGGAUCACCACGGACCACCACGGGACACCACGGACCAAAAUGGGCCAGCAUGGCCCGCCACGGACCUCCACGGAUCACCACGGACCACCUCGGAUCACCACGGACCACCUCGGAUCACCACGGACCACCACGGGACACCACGGACCACCUCGGAUCACCACGGAUCACCACGGACCACCACGGGACACCACGGACCACAAUGGGCCACCAUGGCCCGCCACGGACCUCCACGGAUCACCACGGACCACCUCGGAUCACCACGGACCACCUCGGAUCACCACGGACCACCACGGAUCACCACGGACCACCACGGGACCACCACGGGACCACCACGGCCCACCAGAGACCACCACGGACCACAACGACGAGGAAAAAACGUUGAGUGA